GGAGGAAGUUUCCUGAAGUUGUCGGUUUAUUCCGGAGCCCGGCCCGGGACCCGACCACAUCGCAGAGGCCGCCCCGCCUGGGAGAAGAAGUCGGAGCUGGGGUGCUAGGGGCGGGGGCGCCCCGAGUCCGAGAGCGCGGCUUUUUCUCUUUCUCUUUGCUCAUCCCUCGCCUUCCGGGCGCGCCGCCGGGAUCGGACUCGGACCGAAGAGGAGGAGGAAGGGCUGGGGUCGCCAGCUCUGCCCCUCCUGGGCACAUACUGCUCCGAGUCACAGCAGCGUAGACUAUCUCCCGGGUCGAAGCCGCGGUGUACCCGACCCAACCAGGAUUAUAAAACGGUGCGGAACCUCCCCACCAAGGCUGGGCACCAUGUGGGGGCUGCUGAUUUGGACUCUGCUGGCCCUGCAUCGGAUCCGUGCGGCCGGAGCCCAAGAUGACGUGGCCCCCUAUUUCAAGACGGAGCCCGUGAGGACGCAGGUGCACCUGGAGGGGAACCGCCUGGUGCUCACGUGCAUGGCGGAGGGCAGCUGGCCGCUGGAGUUCAAGUGGCUCCACAACAACAGGGAGCUGACCAAGUUCUCCCUGGAGUACAGGUACAUGAUCACCAGCCUGGACCGCACCCAUGCUGGCUUCUACCGCUGCAUCGUGCGUAACCGGAUGGGGGCUCUGCUGCAGCGGCAGACGGAGGUCCAGGUGGCCUACAUGGGCAGCUUCGAGGAGGGCGAGAAGCGCCAGAGCGUCUCCCACGGAGAAGCCGCGGUCAUCCGCGCCCCGCGCAUCGCCAGCUUCCCCCGGCCGCAGGUGACCUGGUUCCGGGAGGGCCGCAAGAUCCCGCCCAGCAGCCGCAUAGCCAUCACCCUGGAGAACACCCUUGUCAUCCUGUCGUCGGUGGCUCCUGACGCGGGCCGCUACUACGUGCAGGCUGUUAAUGACCAGAACGGGGAUAACAAGACCAGCCAGCCCAUCACUCUCGCCGUGCAAAAUGUAGGGGGGCCUGCAGACCCCAUUGCUCCGACCAUCAUCAUCCCUCCCAAGAACACCAGCGUGGUGGCCGGGACCUCGGACGUGACCAUGGAGUGUGUGGCCAAUGCCAGGCCCCUGAUGAAGCUUCACAUCAUUUGGAAGAAGGAUGGGGCGUUGCUGUCAAGUGGCAUCAGCGACUACAACCGCCGGCUCACCAUCCCCAACCCCACGAGCAGUGACGCCGGCUACUAUGAGUGUGAGGCCGUCCUGCGCAGCAGCAGUGUCCCCUCUGUCAUCCGCGGAGCCUACCUGUCUGUGCUGGAACCGCCCCAGUUUGUCAAGGAGCCAGAGAGACACAUCACAGCGGAGAUGGAGAAAGUGGUGGACAUUCCCUGUCGGGCCAAAGGUGUGCCCCCACCCUCCAUCACCUGGUACAAGGACGCGGCCGUGGUGGAGGUGGAGAGGCUGAACCGCUUCCAGCAACUCGGCAACGGGGGCCUGCAGAUCAGCGGACUGGUGCCCGACGACACCGGCAUGUUCCAGUGCUUUGCCCGAAACACAGCCGGCGAGGCGCAAACCUCCACCUACCUGGCCGUCACCAGUAUUGCCCCCAACAUCACCAGGGGUCCCCUGGACAGCACAGUGAUCGACGGCAUGUCAGUGGUGCUGGCUUGUGAGACUUCGGGGGCACCCCGGCCAGCCAUCACCUGGCAGAAAGGGGAGCGCGUCUUGGCCAGCGGCUCUGUCCAGCUGCCCCGCUUCACGCUCCUCGAGUCCGGCAGCCUGCUCGUCAGCCCCACGCACAUCUCCGACGCCGGGACCUACACCUGUUUGGCGACCAACUCUCGGGGGGUGGACGAAGCCUCAGCCGACCUGGUCGUGUGGGCCCGGACCCGCAUCACCAGGCCUCCCCAGGACCAGAGUGUCAUCAAGGGUACCCAGGCCUCCAUGGUGUGCGGAGCGGCCCACGACCCCCGCGUGACCAUCAGGUACGUCUGGGAGAAGGAUGGGGCCGCCCUGGGCACGGAGGGCAGCCCCCGCAUCCGCCUGGACAAAAACGGCUCCCUGCACAUCUCACAGACGUGGUCGGGGGACAUUGGCACAUACACCUGCCGGGUGCUCUCAGCCGGAGGCAACGACUCUCGGAGUGCCCACCUGCGUGUCAGACAACUGCCUCAUGCCCCUGAGCACCCAGCGGCGACUCUCAGCACCACGGAAAGGCGGGCCAUCAACCUGACGUGGGCCAAGCCCUUCGACGGCAACAGCCCCCUGAUCCGCUACAUCCUGGAGAUGUCGGAGAACAAUGCCCCCUGGGCAGUGCUCCUGGCCAGCGUAGACCCUGAGGCUACCUCGGUGGUGGUCAAGGGCUUGGUUCCUGCCCGCUCCUACCAGUUCCGUCUUUGUGCAGUCAACGACGUGGGGAAAGGACAGUUCAGCAAGGACACAGAGAGGGUCUCCCUCCCCGAGGAGCCCCCCACAGCCCCUCCGCAGAACGUCAUCGCCAGCGGCCGGACCAACCAGUCCAUCAUGAUCCAGUGGCAGCCGCCUCCUGAGAGCCACCAGAAUGGGCUCCUCAAGGGCUAUGUCAUCAGGUACUGCCUGGCUGGGCUGCCGGUUGGGUACCAGUUUAAGAACAUCACAGAUGCUGACGUCAACAACCUGCUGCUGGAGGACCUCAUCAUCUGGACCAACUAUGAGAUCGAGGUGGCCGCCUACAACAGCGCCGGGCUGGGUGUCUACAGUGGCAAAGUCACCGAGUGGACCCUGCAGGGAGUCCCCACAGUCCCUCCAGGCAACGUGCAUGCAGAAGCCACCAACUCCACGACCAUCCGCUUCACCUGGAACGCCCCCAGCCCCCAGUUCAUCAACGGCAUCAACCAGGGCUACAAGCUGAUCGCCUGGGAGCCGGAGCAGGAAGAGGAGGUUACCAUGGUGACUGCCCGGCCCAACUUUCAAGACAGCAUCCACGUGGGCUUUGUGUCGGGCCUGAAGAAGUUCACGGAGUACUUCACCUCCGUGCUGUGCUUCACCACCCCUGGAGACGGGCCCCGCAGCACGCCCCAGCUGGUGCGCACCCACGAGGACGUGCCUGGGCCUGUGGGACACCUGAGCUUCAGUGAAAUCCUGGACACCUCGCUGAAAGUCAGCUGGCAAGAGCCAGGAGAGAAGAAUGGCAUCCUCACAGGGUACCGGAUCUCCUGGGAGGAAUAUAACCGAACCAACACCCGGGUGACCCACUACCUACCCAACGUGACCCUGGAGUACCGCGUCACAGGCCUCACCGCACUCACCACCUACACCAUCGAGGUGGCCGCCAUGACCGCCAAGGGCCAGGGCCAGGUGUCUGCCUCCACCAUCUCCUCAGGGGUGCCUCCAGAACUCCCAGGGGCCCCUACCAAUCUGGGCAUUUCCAACAUCGGCCCCCGCUCCGUGACCUUGCAGUUCAGGCCAGGCUAUGAUGGGAAAACCUCCAUCUCCCGCUGGCUGGUGGAGGCCCAGGUGGGCAUAGUCGGGGAGGGAGAAGAGUGGUUGCUGGUUCACCAGCUGGCCAACGAGCCCGAUGCCCGCGCCAUGGAGGUGCCGGAACUCAACCCCUUCACCUACUACAGCUUCCGCAUGCGCCAGGUGAACAUCGUGGGCACCAGUCCACCCAGCCAGCCUUCUAGAAGAAUCCAGACCCUCCAGGCACCCCCUGACAUGGCCCCAGCCAACGUGACCCUGCGCACAGCCAGUGAAACCAGCCUGUGGCUCCGCUGGAUGCCUCUCCCAGAGAUGGAAUACAAUGGAAACCCCGAGUCAGUGGGCUAUAAGAUCAAAUACGGCCGGGCAGACGGCCGCAGCAAGACGCUGAGCCGCGUGGUCCAGGACCGGAUGGAGCGCGAGUACACCAUCGAGGACCUGGAGGAAUGGACGGAGUACCGCGUGCAGGUGCAGGCCUUCAACGCCAUCGGCAGCGGGCCCUGGAGCCAGACCGUGAUGGGCAGGACCCGGGAGUCAGUCCCAUCCUCCGGCCCCACCAAUGUGUCUGCCCUGGCCACCACCUCCAGCAGCAUGCUGGUGCGCUGGAGCGAGAUCCCGGAGGCCGACCGCAACGGGCUCGUGCUGGGCUACAGGGUGAUGUACAAGGAGAAAGAUUCGGACUCCCAGCCCCGGUUCUGGCUGGUGGAAGGGAACUCGUCACGCAGCGCCCAGCUCACAGGCCUGGGCAAAUACGUGCUCUACGAGGUCCAGGUGCUGGCCUUCACGCGCAUCGGGGACGGCAGCCCCAGCCGCCCUCCCAUCCUGGAGCGGACGCUGGAUGAUGUCCCGGGACCGCCCGUGGGCAUCCUGUUCCCAGAGGUGAGGACCACAUCGGUGCGGCUGAUCUGGCAGCCCCCCACCGCCCCCAACGGCAUCAUUCUUGCUUACCAGAUCGCACACCGGCUGAACGCCACCGUGGCCAGCACCGCUGCGGUAGAGGUCCUCGCGCCCAGCGCCCGCCAGUACACGGCCACCGGCCUCAAGCCCGAGUGUGUCUACCUGUUCCGCAUCACGGCCCAGACCCGCAAAGGCUGGGGAGAGGCUGCCGAGGCCUUGGUGGUGACCACGGAGAAGAGAGACCGCCCGCAACCCCCCAGCAAGCCAGCGGUGCGACAGGAGGACGUGAAGGCGCGCAGCGUGCUCCUGUCCUGGGAGCCGGGGAGCGACGGGCUGUCCCCCGUGCGCUACUAUACCAUCCAGACCCGUGAGCUGCCCAGCGGCAGGUGGGCGCUGCACUCGGCCUCCGUGAGCCACAACGCCUCCGCCUUCGUUGUGGACAGGCUCAAGCCCUUCACGUCCUACAAGUUCCGAGUGAAGGCGACCAAUGACAUCGGGGACAGCGAGUUCAGUGCGGAGUCGGAGCCCCUCACCACCCUGCAGGCUGCCCCCGACGGAGCACCCACCAUUGUCUCACUGACACCACACACCACCACCUCCGUGCUGAUCCGGUGGCAGCCACCAGCAGAGGACAAGAUCAAUGGCAUCCUCCUGGGCUUCCGGAUCCGGUACCGGGAGCUGCUCUAUGAGGGACUGAGGGGCUUCACACUGCGUGGCAUCCACAACCCAGCAGCCAAGUGGGCAGAGCUUACCUCCAUGUACUCCAUGCGGAACCUGAGCCGGCCCAGCCUCACGCACUACGAGCUGGACAACCUGAACAAGCACCGGCGAUACGAGAUCCGGAUGAGCGUGUACAACGCCGUGGGCGAGGGGCCCUCCAGCCCCCCACAAGAGGUCUUUGUUGGAGAGGCAGUGCCCACAGCAGCACCCCGCAGCGUGGCCGUCCACAGCGCCACAGCCACACAGCUAGACGUGACGUGGGAGCCACCCCCACUGGAGAACCAGAAUGGAGACAUUCAGGGCUACAAGAUUUAUUUCUGGGAAGCCCAGCGGUGGAACCUCACAGAACGGGUGAAGACGCUUUUCCUGGCUGAGAACAGCGCGAAGCUCAAGAACCUGACCGGGUACACAGCCUACAUGGUCAGCGUGGCAGCCUUCAACGCCGCGGGGGACGGGCCUCGGAGUGCCCCGACCCAGGGCUGGACCCAGCAAGCAGCCCCCAGUGCUCCCAGCUCGGUCAAGUUCAGUGAGCUGACCACGACCUCUGUGAACGUGUCCUGGGAGGCCCCGCGGUUCCCCAACGGAGUCCUGGAGGGCUACCGGCUGGUGUAUGAACCCUGCACCCCAGUGGAUGGGGUCAGUAAGAUUGUGACAGUGGACGUGAAAGGCAACAGCCCCCUGUGGCUAAAAGUGAAGGACCUGGCAGAGGGGAUGACCUACAGGUUCCGCAUCAGAGCCAAGACCUUCACCUACGGGCCGGAGAUCGAAGCCAACGUCACCACGGGCCCGGGAGAAGGUGCCCCAGGCCCACCUGGCGUGCCCAUCAUCAUGCGGUACAGCUCCGCCAUCGCCAUCCACUGGUCCAGCGGCGACCCCGGCAAAGGGCCCGUCACCCGCUACGUCAUAGAGGCCAGGCCAUCAGACGAGGGCCUAUGGGACAUCCUCAUCAGAGACAUCCCCAGGGAGGUGACCUCCUAUACAUUCAGCACGGACAUCCUGAAGCCAGGCGUGAGCUAUGACUUCCGGGUCAUCGCAGUCAAUGACUAUGGCUUCGGCACCCCCAGCAGCCCCUCCCAGUCUGUGCCAGCCCAGAAGACCAGCCCGUUCUACGAGGAGUGGUGGUUCUUGGUGGUCAUUGCCCUGGUUGGCCUCAUCUUCAUCCUGCUUCUGGUGUUCGUGCUCAUCAUCCGAGGCCAGAGCAAGAAGUUCGCCAAGAAGACGGACUCGGGCAACAACGCAAAGUCUGGUGCCCUGGGCCACGGGGAGAUGAUGAGCUUGGAUGAAAGCAGUUUUCCUGCCCUGGAACUCAACAACCGGCGGCUCUCCGUCAAGAACUCCUUCUGCCGAAAGAACGGCCUGUACACCAGGUCUCCUCCCCGGCCCAGCCCAGGCAGCCUCCACUACUCCGACGAGGACGUCACCAAGUACAACGACCUCAUCCCGGCAGAGAGCAGCAGCCUGACUGAGAAGCCCUCAGAAAUCUCCGACUCUCAGGGAAGCGACAGCGAGUAUGAGGUCGAUACGAACCACCAGAAGGCCCACUCCUUUGUCAACCACUACAUCAGCGAUCCCACCUAUUACAACUCAUGGCGGCGCCAGCAGAAGGGGAUCUCGCGGGCUCAGGCCUACAGCUACACAGAGAGCGACUCGGGCGAGCCGGACCACACCACCAUCACCAACAGCGGCGGCGCCCCACAGGGCAGCCUCUUCCGGCCCAAGGCCAGUCGGACCCCAACGCCCCAAAACCCCCCGAACCCUCCGAGUCAGCAGAGCGCCCUCUACCGUCCUCCCAGCAGCCUCACUCCUGGCUCCCGGGCCCCCAUAGCAGGAUUUUCAUCAUUUGUUUGAUGUCUGAAGAGGAAAAAGAAAGAAAAAUGGCACCAAACUCCCCUUUCCUGUCCUCCCCGCACCGCCUGCCAGAACAGAAAAACGCCAAGAAACCAAGGAACCAAGUCAGCUUUUCACCUCCUGAGUUUAUUUUUGCAGAGAUUCCAGGGCCAGCAAAGCCAGUGUUGAGAAGGAGGGAGAAGAAAGCAUGAAGGACGUGUGUGGCCGAGGGUUGGCUUCCAGAUUGUGGGGCUCGAUGCUCCUUCAGAGACAGCAGUUGGGGGCUUGAGCCCCUGGAGAGGAGGGAGAGAAGGCAGAAGUCUGGAGGGCUCAGGGCACGGGUGGCUGCAGGGAGAAGAAGCUUCUGGGCAUCCAGACAGCUGCCCCCCUCUGGCCUGCGUGGGAGUCCUGGGCCCGCUGCUGGCUGAGCUGCACACAGAGGGGCAUCUGUGGGGGCAAACUCCCCUGCUCCCGUCGCACCCUCUCACCCCACCCCUGCACCGCUGGAGGGCCAGGCUGGCCCUGCUGGCCCCCGCCCUGCUCCUCAGCCUCUGCUACCUGCUCCCUUGCUUCUCCACCCCACAGAUGGUUUAUCUAGAAAGAGGAAAACAACUGAAAGAUGAUAACUGGCUUAGCUAGCGCCUUGUUCCUAACAUACUUGCUUUAUUGUGAGUCCAAGGAAGAGGGCCCCUAGAGGUGGAGGAGAGUCCCCCCAACACUGAACCCAGCUGUCCUUUACUUGAAUUCACUUUCCUGAGCACAUACCCAGGAGAGAUGAGCUCGGAGAGCUGAGGUAGGGGCCCCCCGGGAAUAAUGGGAUGGAACACAGGAAGUCAGGCAUGUGCCAAGGAAGCAGUGUAGGCACUGCCCCCUCCUUAAAGGAAGUUACUUGGACAAGGAAAUUGGGUGUGCUUGGGGGAGCUGGGCAGGAGUACAGGAGUGCCAUCCAGGCAGACACUCCCAUCUCCCCAAGUGGACAUCUUCGUCCUAAGACAUGUACCCGGGGACCUGCAAGGAAGAGGGUCUGGGGAUGCACUCCAAGGGAAACCCUUUGGGUCCUCCUGGCCAAAUAGGACACUCCCUUUCAGAUCUGUGGCCCUCUCAUUCUCAACCCACAGCUCCUUGAAUCUAAAAUACCCCACCUCCCGAGCACAGGGGCACAGAGGCCCAGGGGUGGGCCAAGUCCCUGGUCCAGAGGCUGGAGCUCCCAGACUGUGCCCAGUUGGCCCGGCACCCGGUUUACAGAGUCAAGGACCAUCCCAGCACCCCCAGUGAUGUCCUCCAGGUUCGGCUCAGCCUAGCCAGGCCUCGGAGUGAGGACGGCCGAGUCCGAAGUGAACCCGGAUCCCAAGAUGCACAGCCAGGCCGGCUGGGAGGAGCAGGUCAGAUGGGACCAAGGGUUAAGAAUAGCUGACAGGAGGCAAAGCUUUUACACACAGUCUGCUCCCAGAAUGUUCUUUAGAAAGCCACUUCUGGCGGCCUGGGUCUUCCCAUCAGCUCAGGACUUGUGAAUGCAGGGAUUGAAGGAGGGGCCUCUCUGUGUAAUUCCCUGGGCUCCCGGGCCCUGGGCGUCCCCAGCCAGCCCUGCAAAGCCACCAACCCCCGCAGUUGGGAUGGUCGGCCACCUUUGUGAGAGGAGAUAGCUGGCAGGGCCAUGUCAGUUCAGCGUGGGGCCCCUCACUGGGGGUGCUAAACAGCACCGCAUGCCCUGCGCAGGAGGAGGUGGUGCCCAUUUAGGGGAUGAGGAGGACGGGAGGCCUGAGUGGAGGAUUUGGGAAGCAAGCCAAGGAAAGAGAGGCACUGUACCCCUCCCCACUGGCCCCCAGUCAGGUGACUGGAUUGGAGGCAGGGCCAGGGGCCCAAGGAAGGGGCACCCCCAGCCAUGGGCUCUUCCCGCAUGUUCGGACCCCCAGGGAAUGUGUAUGGGGCGAAGCUGAAAGAUGGCUCAGUAGACUGGCUGACCCCGCUCUGGGCUCUGAACAGCGCUUCUCCAGUAAGUGGGCCGGGAAGGGAAGCAUAGUCUUCCCCCCGAAGGAGGGUGCCGGCCUGAGGUCUGCCCCUGUGCACAUCUGUCGUCACCAUAGCAGCCAAGUCUGCGGCAGCCCGCCUGUGAUCACACUGCCACUUUCUCUUUCCUUUUAUCUUUCUUUUUUUUUUUUAGCCACCUGUGCUUUUCCCUAUCUGUUGUGUGUUUAACCAUUUAAGGAAAUUCCCAGUUUGCACUGGAAAUUAUCUUAGCCCAGCCCAGUGAGGGGUUUUUGGAGGGAAAGCAAGGAUGAGUGUAAACAUAGUGUAAGCAUAUAUAUCACACAUGAGGCCAGAUUUCCUUUGCCUUCCAUGAAUCAUCUGGUGCACUGAGAUGUUGCCCCUCCCCAUCCCCCAUGCUCACUCACACCCACACUGACCCAUGUGCACACUUGGGAUGGUGCCAUGCACACCUGGGCUCACGCACAUGCCACACAGACAUACACAGAAUGCACGUCCAUGUUAUGUGAGCAAGGUCUCUUUCGGCUGCCUCCGACAUCUUGAGUCGUCUCUCCCGUGUGAGGCCAGGGCAGCCUGAGUCACUCCCCUGUGGGGUGCGGCUGGCAUCUGUUGACAGAGCAGGUGAAGACACUCAGGCAAGCCCAAGAAGGCAGGCAGGGCCUGAGGUGGAAGGCCCACCCUCAGUCAAUACCCACCCUGCCGCCCCAGCCACAUCUCGAAGCCCAGGGCUCCAGCUGUGAACUUUAGAUUUCUAAGAGGACAUCUCUUUGCCCUUGUUUACAUAUCUGCUGGGGCGGUGGAGGUUCCCAACCCCUGUCCAGACAUUGCAUUAGAUGGAUGUGGUGGGCACUGCCCGUGGGUAACAGGGGGCCUCCCUGACCAUUGCUUUUCUGGGUCAAGCCCCUGAAGUGGCUUCACGUCAGGACCUUUGGUACCUUGGACUUUGCCUCCCUGUGUCCUCAGGAGUCUCCCAGGGCCGCCCUGGCCUCCUGGCUGCACCACCAGCGGUCCCAGCAGCCCCACACCCAGACUGCUAAGACAAACCAAAAACCUGCUCUAGGUUCCAGAAGCACCUUCCUCCCAGGGCCCCAGGGAGUUUGCAGACCCAGGCUGGUGCCUCUGCUUUCCCCCGACCUGACACUGCCGUGAUUCCGAUGAAGCAAGGACACCUCCGGCUGCCCCGCGUGGCAUGCACUGCUGCCUUGAGGCCUUCUGUCUCUUCCCCCCGCCCUCCCUGGGCAGAGCUUUUAAAGGUGCCAGAGCCUCCCCUAAGCCCACUGUGGGCAGGGGCUUCCCUCACCUUCCCACAGUGCACAUCUGAAGGUGCCCACACAGGGUGAGGGGCUGAAGGCAGGAGGGGACAGGGGCACCAUCUGCGCAGAAUGUCUUUGUACAGCCCCACCCAGUGGCAACCCUGGGCACAGGUGCCCUCCUGGGACACCCCCCUUCUGUUUGUUUCCGUAAGAAUAACCAAAAUCAUUUCAACGUGUUACCUUUCUUUACACAUACAGACUCCAAAACACAAAAACCUACACAAAUCUUUAUUUUUUGAUUUAAAAGAUAUAAUGAAAAAUUAUGGGGAGAGUAUUCAUUAUGGCAGGUGUCUAUCUGUAAGAAAAAAAUAUAUAUCUGUAAUGUCAUAUAGCUUGUUAGCAGGUUUAUUUUUUAAAUGAAAGGUAAGAAGGAAAUUGAUUUGAAAUAUAUACCACGAGAAGUCCCAUGUCCUAUCAAACUUAUCAGUAUUUUAUAAAUAAACUUUUGUUUUGGAGUUUUGAAGCAACAUCCAUCCUUCUCCUCCCUGGAAGGUAAAUGGGGACCCCACCACCACCCCAUGUCACCCUCAGCCAGUCUGCUUUGGGACUCCCAUUUCUAGCCAUACUGUGUUUUUGCACAGAGUGUCAAGGAUCCAACUACUUAUUUUCUUAAUUUAUAGGUGGGUGGACUACUGGGCCUUCAACUGAAAUGCACUGUUUUAUUUAUUUUAUACUUUUAGGAUAAGAACCUGUCAUAUUAGGCCAAUUAGAGGCAAAAUAAUAAUAGUAAUAGCAAUAGACAACACCUGUAUAGCAUUCGCUCUGUUCCAGGCUCUGUUCUGAUCACUUUACCUUGAUUAGCCCAUGAAAUCCUUGUGGCAACCCUGUAGGAGGGAAAGUGGACAGGAAGAACUGAAGUGGAUUGCCCUGGAGAACUGGAAACACCAGAAUUUGUACGAACACAGUCUGGCCCCAAGAAUGUACACUGCCUCUGAUAUUUCAGGGCAAGUUCCUUGCCUGUUUUCAUUUUAACUUCUACAAAGCCAGCAAAAAAUUUAGAGAAAUUAUGAACUGAAGACUUCCAGUUUCUUUCUGCGUGUAAGGAGCUUGGACAUUGCCACUCCAUCCUAACAAGUAAAAAGUUGAACAAACUGAGAAGUCAAGAACUCUUCUCCGAUCCAUAAGAGAAGUGAAAUCGCUGAGCAAACUGCUGCCCCCAAAAUUGAAGGGACAGACAGGUGAAUCCAGAGACACUCAACUUACAGGGAAGAAAUAACGAAUUGAUAGAGGAGCAGAACCCUAGAAUCUGUUACGUUUUCCCUAAUAUUUUGUAGUUUUUGCCCAUGACUAAUUCGACCCACUUUUAUUUUUGCAACUUUUUUUAAAUUCAACUAUUUUUCAAAGAAAUAACUCUUCUUUUGCACUCUUAUCCACUUUCAUCAUAUUUAAUUAAAUUAUGUAAUCACUAUACCAAGUAUAACUGACAUAAACCAGUUUGGUGAUAGUGAUAAUUGGCUCUUAUACAACCUGAUUCAAGAGCAGAAGUAUAUGGUAUCACAGAACGCAGCCUAUUAGCCUUCAGCAUUCAGGGGACUGUGGGCAUCUUCAUGGUUUGCAGAGAGAAUGUAGGGAAUCAUUGUUAGGACCAAUUGGUUAAGUAAAGGUCAGACAAAGGAGCUUCUUAUAUAUUAUAGUACAAACAGUGCACUGUACUUUAUGACCCACUUUCAAGGUAAUUAAGGGAUUUUCAAGGGUACUUUUGACUACACAUAACCUUUAUCUUAUACAUAACCUGGAACCCAAACCCCACGUUAGUUGCAACUUGGCUUCAACUGAUUUGAGGAUGUU